AUGGAGACCUCGGACGCGUCGAUCGAGCCCCAGCCUGCUUCCAGGUCACAGAGGGUGUCCAAGCCUCCGUCGUACCUCCGCAACGCAUACCAGCUGACUCAGAAGCGACAGCGCGGGAGGAAAGCGGAGCGAUCGGUUGCAGUGCCAGCCAAGCGCGCCAGGGUGACGAAGGCGAAGGGGGUUCCUCUGAAUGCUACAGCAUCCGCUGCGCCAGAGACUUCAGUGGCGGAGGCACCUCAGGCAGAGGUGGAGAUAAGCGUCGGUGCGGGCGAUGAGGACAUCGAGAGUGAGAGCGAGGCACGCCCGGCGCCCUCCCGGUCGAAGAACUUGGCCUCUGUGAUGGCAGAGUCACAGGCGACUGCCACCACCAGGCCCCGUCCUCCGCCCGUGCGUGUGCCGGACAACCCUUUUGUGGCCAUGCCUGUAGCUGGGUCGUCUCGUGACCCGACAGCGCCCGGGGAGGAGACACACAUUCUGAUUAGUCGCGCGGAGUUCGAGGCCUUGAAGAAGGCGCAAGAAGCGAGCGCGCGCACCGUGGCCCGUCUUGAAGAGGAGCUGAGGUCUGCUAAGGCUGUGCAGGCGCGUGCACCCCCUCGCAGGCCGGACGAGCAUCGCGCGUGCGACCUGGUGAAAGAUUACCUCUUCUUUGAGAAGGAGAACGCCCGGAUCACGUUCUAUCCGAGCAGCGACGACAAGACGGUGGGAGUGUGUGCAGUGAUCGAGCGCCUGCCUUUCGAUUUCGCGACACUUGCUCUGGCUGCGGACAAGGCAAGACGGUCGGAUUUGAACAAGGCCCUUAGCGAGUGGAAGUCGGGCGCAGCAGGAAGGACGCGGGACAUCUCGUGUCCACGGAUGGGGCUUUUCCGCGACGAGCGAGAUACGCGCAGCCCAUGGGCCACGAAGAAGGACCGUACUCUGGAGGAGAUACGAUCGCAUUAUGGGCUGCUGCUCGGCGUUGACGAUCCCCUGGCAUUGUCCAAGUUUGGGAACGAUCGGGAGGGGAUGCCGUUCGCCUCUGGCGCAUUCGUGGCAUGCGCGGUUGCGGCAUUCAAGCCGAAGAAGGUGGUCGGGCCACUGACGGUGAAGCUUUACCACCUGGCGUGGCUGGAGCAUGUGGUGACCGACACGCUGGUGAACUGGGAGGCGAGGAAGGGGCGACUGUCGAACUCUGCCUGUGGAAACGCGCAGGUGGUCGAUGGGCUCGUGAUCCUUGCGCGUGAGGCAGUGUCGAACGCGAUCAGAAUCUUCAAGCCUAAGUACGACGUCGCCUCGUGCUCGUGGACCUGGGGGCGCCAUGGCCUUCGACUGUCCUCGUGCGGGCUGGAGGACUUAAUUCCAGCGACUGCCGCUACCCGUGAUGGGGCAGAGGUUCAGGCGGACGAGAUCUCUGGGUCGCUUGGAGGCCCGUAA